UUUCAUUUUCUACAUCAAUCCAAUGUUUCAAUGUUCCAAGUUUAAAGAUUUACAUCUAUGGAUACAUUAAUUGAUACAUUAAUUGAUACCACAAAAUCCUUUUUGACUUCAUCAGCACACUGCUUAAAUAAGAGUCCUUAAUGACCACUUUGUAUAAUUGUGUUUAUAUAGCAACUGUCCAGAACAUUACAUCAAAAUAUAUCUCUCGACUGUGUCAGGCAUUUCAAGUUAAUCGCCGCCCCUCUAUAACUAUAACGUCACAAGUCACCAUGAAAGACUCCAAACCCACUAUACGCGAUCACGAGUCGACAUAGAUAAUCCACUCAUUCAUAUUCCGAAAUAAAUACCCAUUUCUAGUUUCGUUUUUUCCAUUUUCUCACCUUUGGCCACAUGAUCCACUCCACAAUCCGAUCUUUUAUACCUAAUACCCAAGCAACUAUGGCGUCUUCCAACCGCGAACCCUCAAUCAUGUCCGAUGCGGAACCUGUCGAACCAAAAACAUCGAAUAUUCAUUCACUAUCCCGCGCCGUACUUGCUAGAAAAUCAGAAUAUGUCAGGUCACAUCGCAUACGAAUCAAAGUUGGGUCCUGGAAUGUUGCUGGUUGUCCGGGCACCGACAAAGAUUUAGCGAGCUGGUUCAUAGACGGGAAAGGGCUCGAGCCACAACUAGAUGCAAAAUUGGCCCGGAUGAGCUUAUCAAAUAACGACGAAAUUACGGGAGCAAAUGAAAACAAAAAUGUGUCAUCCAAGACAGGUGCGAAACCGGGGACAGGUUUGGGGGAACAGGAAGGGCUGGAACCUUUAGACAUGUCUACACAGGGUGGGAAACCUGAGUCACAUGUGCGAAUGCCAGGCGGUGACAACAUAGGACUUUAUGUCCUUGGACUUCAGGAAAUCGUCAAUCUGAACAUUGUCACCCAAACAUUCUAUUCCGAUCCCGAUGCCAUUGCGAAAUGGCAGGAUGCGCUCGAGGCCGCUUUACCAAAAGGAUAUACUCUCGUUGCAAGCGAACAACUUGUUGGUCUUUUACUACUGAUAUAUGCAUCCCCAGAGGUAGCUGCGACUAUUUCCAACCAGUCUACCGUUAGUGUUGGUACUGGCGUGAUUGGUCUCACAGGCUACUGGGGAAAUAAGGGGGCAAUCACUUCUCGACUUCUUUUAGGUGAGACCACUCGCCUCGUCUUCACUAACUCUCAUCUCGCUUCCGGCCACGAUCAGGCUAGUCUUGAUCGACGAUGCUGGGACUACAAUAGAAUUAUAACCCAAACUAAAUUUCCUCCAAUAAAUUAUGGUGGUGUACUUGAAGACGAAAGCGAAAAGAUAGGGGAUGAAGAUUUCGCCUUUUGGCUCGGUGACCUGAAUUUCCGCAUUGAUGGUCUACCUGGAGAAGAUAUCCGGCACUUAUUGAUGUUACAUGCCCGGGGCGAGUACGACGUCAGCAAGAAACAUACCGGGGAAAUGUUCAGCGAUGACGGUGUUAUAGUAUUACGCAACAACGAGGACGAUGGUUCAGAUGGCACAAAUACACCCGGCAUGAUUUCACGCGAAACUUCCUUUGACAAACACUCAGACGAUGAGGAUACUGAACUUCCAGAUCCCGACGAUUUUAUACCCGACCCUCACGACGACCCAGCAUCACUUCAAGCGACUCUAGAUUCUCUACUACCGCACGACCAGCUGAAGCGCAUGAUGAAAGAGCGCAAAGCAUUUCAUGAGGGUUGGCGCGAAGGAACCAUAUCAUUUUUGCCGACAUACAAGUAUGAUGUCGGUACUGUGGGCCUUUUCGACUCCUCCGACAAGCAGCGGGCUCCAAGUUGGUGCGAUCGCAUUCUAUAUCGCACGCGUACAGACGUCACUCAGUACGAAAAGAAAUGUAGAGAUGAGGUUGAGGCACGGAAAAAAGAUGAAGAAAUGAAGCAGAGAGGCAUCGAUAAGGCUGCGGAAGACGAAAACGUCUUAUUUGACUAUGAUCCCGCAACGGAUGCAAGCGCUGACAACCUUGGGCACAACGAUUCUUCGUAUUACGAUUACGACGAGGACGAAGCCGAAGACGAUUCGGAGCAAGUAAUCACAAAAGAAGGGUUUGUCGAUAGGAUUCAUCUGGAUAUAUAUACGAGCCAUCAACGGAUUAUGUCGUCGGAUCACAAACCUUUAGUUUCUGUGUUCACGUUGGAUUACGAUGCUGUCGUUCCCGAAUUGAAAGCCAAAGUUCAUGCCGAAGUAGCUUGGGAACUCGACCGAGCUGAGAAUGAGGGGCGGCCAGGAAUCACUGUCCUUGUUGAUGGGAAAGACUCGAUCGACGAAAAGAAAGUAACGGAUGGAAGCGAAGGUAUUGAUUUCGGAGAUAUCGGAUUUCUUCGAAACAAUGUUCGAUUUUUAACUAUUGCCAACACGGGACGCGUCCCAGCCAAGUUUUCCUUUGUGGAUAAGCCAAAUGUCGUAGAGGAUGCUACGAAGUACCCUCCGUGGCUAUUUUUCAAAUUUUCUCGUUCGUCAGCUCGUGACGAUGAGCAGUCACAGGACCCAUUGGGCGACGAAAUAACCUUGGAACCAGGGGAAACGGCGGAUGCUAUCAUAGAAGCCAACGUCCAUGAUUUGGCUCACAUACAGGCAUUAAAUAACGGCAUGGCGCAACUGGAAGACGUGUUAAUAUUACGUGUCAUGGAUGGGAGAGAUCAUUUCAUCCCAAUCAGGGCUACGUGGAUUCCGACAUGCUUUGGGCGCUCGCUUGAAGAACUCAUUCGCGUUCCGCGCAAUGGUGGUAUCCGAGCACUCGUAGAGAAACGACAAAACGGGGGAUCUAUACCACUUGCCUUGGAAGUACAUAAAUCAUCGCCAAGUGAACUCUUCAAACUAACCGAAGCCGUGGAAUCCUUGGCGGAGCGAACUAUAGCGGAUGAAAACAUGUUAGAAGAGGCAAAGGUACCACGCGAUAAACCCGGCUGGCCUUUUGAACAAAGUUCGUGGACUACAACCAAUUCCGAAGACCAUACCAAACUCAAGGUAGCUAUGAUCGAGACUUUGGAAGCGGAUGGGGAUUUGAUGGAUGCAAUUGAAGCCGGAGUGCCGUCGCUAAAACGACUUGAGAUCAUGAGCGAGGUCUUGCUCCUAUUUCUCCGUAGCAUGCCAGACGGCAUCAUCACAUCGUCAUUAUGGGCUCAGAUCGAGCAAGCGCUUCCCAGUAUAGGAGAUGCGAAGAAUUCUACGGAGGCCGAACAAGCCAAGAGUACCAUCCUCGACAUCCUCUCCACGUCACCUUACUAUAACAUAUCUUUUGUUUUUCUCAUGGCUAUGAUAUCAAAGGUUGGAAACGAACUAGUUCCGCUCAGCAAAAAUGAGACAGAGGCGUUAAACAAACGUAAAUCUAGCUCCAGUAUAGCACUAGGAAAGCGCAUGAGCUUUCGUCGGACCAACACUGGGUCGGUUUCAUCGCCAGCAAUCGACCAGAGCAUAAUUCUCCGAAGGAUCGCAUGGGAGAGAAGAGCUGCUGAGAUAUUCGGGGUGGCUAUUUGCCGCGCGGCAGUACCAGCGAACGCGAAAGAGAAAAAGGCGCUAGAAAAUAAGAUGAGAGGUGUCGUUGAGGUGUUUUUACGAAGAGACGAGACAUGAUGAUACGCUAUAGUAGCAAUAGGGGCGGGGAGGGCAUUCAGGCAUGGGAAUGCCACCGAUAGAGCGAUAUAUAGACGCAAUAGUCACUUAGAUCAUUUGCUUGUGUAUGUCAACCACGCGUGUAGAGGCUAUAUAUGUGUGUUUAUGAAGCUGUGCCACUAUAA